CAUAAAGCAUUUUGCAACACUUGUUCCCGGAAGUGCUUCCUAUCACUAGCCGAGGUCAAAAUGGCGGCUUGCUGAAUGUGGAGAGGACACACCGGGAACCGGCUUUAUGUUUCAAGAACAUGUACAAAACACCAUGUAGUAGACUGACAGGUCUUGUUGGUGCCAGUGUAAACCAGAAAUUAGGACGACAUGCAACUAGAAUUCACCCAAGUGCCCGCAGUUUUAUCCAGCUCUGCAAGAGAGACCCAAGUAAAUGGGUCACGUAUCAACACCUGAACUUCCUAAAGCAUCAUUAUGUAAUACUAAGAAACAAUGAGCUCCACCAGCGGGCCAUCCCUAAACAGGCAGACGUCCUGACCAUCAUUGAGGACCGCGACGACAGCGUGGUCAGACAAAUCCAACAGGUGCCAACCAUUAAACCUAUGGUCAGUGAGGUGGCACCACAGCCCGAGCAUGGGCCUGAGUCUAGACCUGGACCUGAGUCUGUAGAGGCUCCAGUGGUGUCCACUGUUCCCUCGGCCCAGCUCGCUUCUUCAGCUCUCCAUCCUGCUGCCGAGGCAGAGGCACCGGCCUCAGCUGUGUUGUCCGGAGCAGCCGUGGCCUCGUCUGAGGCAGCCGGGGCCUCGUCUGAGGCCCCCCACGUCCAGGUGGAGACCGAAGCGGCCAGGGAGGCCCGCCUGGACAGGCAGUGGAAGGAGCUGAAGGUGGACCUGGCUGAGCUCCCAGAUGUGUACGCACGACUCGCCAAGAUCAAACUCACAGCACUGGUGGUUGUGACUGCGGCAGCUGGCUAUGCCAUGGCUCCUGUGCCCUUUGACCCUGCCAUGUUCUUCCUCGCAUCUCUCGGGACCGGGCUUGCUUCUUGCACGGCCAACUCAAUCAACCAGUACUUUGAGGUGCCCUUCGACUCCAACAUGAACCGCACCAAGAACCGGCCUCUGGUCAGGGGACAGAUCAGCCCCCUCCACGCCGUGUCCUUCGCCCUGGCCUGCGGGGUCCCGGGCAUCGCCCUGCUCACCCUGGCCGUCAACCCCCUGACGGGCUUCCUGGGGGGCCUGAACAUCUUCCUGUACACCUGCUGCUACACGCCCCUGAAGAGGCUGAGCAUCAGCAACACCUGGGUGGGCGCCGUCGUGGGCGCCAUCCCCCCCGUCAUGGGCUGGACGGCCGCCACCGGCACUCUGGACCCAGGCGCCCUGUUGCUGGGCGGUUUCCUGUACUGCUGGCAGUUCCCUCACUUCAACGCCCUGAGCUGGAACCUCCGGGAGGACUACUCCAGGGGGGGCUACCGCAUGAUGUCCGUCACCCACCCGGGCAUGUGCCGGAGGGUGGCCCUGCGCCACAGCCUGGCCCUGAUCGGCCUGUCGGGCCUGGGCCCCUUCCUGGACGUCACCACCUGGACCUUCCCCCUGGUGUCCCUGCCCAUCAACCUGUACAUCAGCUACCUGGCCUUCCGCUUCUACCGCCGGGGCGACCGCAGCAGCGCCCGCAAGCUGUUCUUCUGCAGCCUCUGGCACCUGCCCAUGCUGCUGCUCCUGGCCCUCACCUGUAAGAAGUCCCGGACGGGGGGCGGCGCCCAGGAGGGGCCCGCCCUCGCACCAUCCACUUCCAUACUCCUGUGAGACUCUGUCGUUCGACCCUGCCGGCCUCCAUCUCUUGGAACUAUUCCCUUCACACUCCAUGGUUUCGGGGCGUGAGUGAGUGUGUGCGCGAUGUGGGACCUGCAGCACCCCGUGAGAUUGAUGCAACAAACAAACGACGGGAAUGCCUGAAUUCCAUCAGGUUUCCCAGGAAUCGAUUCAAUGCGUGUGUACAUAUGAUAUAUUUAUUUAUAUAGGAUCCUCCAAGUCCCUCUUGUAAAUGAGCGUUGGUGAAUGACUGUACAGUGUAUGAUGCUUUUAUGGGUUCACAAUAAGACCCCAGUCAGGAAGGAAGGCCAGAGAUGGCAUUGAUGAAAGACGGCAAACGAGAGAAGAGUAGAAGAGCUAUGAAUAUCUGUUGUCGCAUAGCUAAUAAAAAGUCCAUGUCAAGUUCCUGAUUUAACGGUAAUUCAUCUAUUUCUGAAACAAUGCAGCAUUGAAUGAAGAUAGUGAGGAACCUCACCACUGCUCUGAAAAUUUCUCGCUGGUAUUUUGAUGGUGGCGAUUGCUCAUGUUUCUGUUACUUGUGUACUAUGCACCUCUCACAGUUCAAAUGGUGCUUGCUGCUCUGCUAAACACCCUGGCUAAUCUGUCUGCUAAAUAAUGCUUCAACUUUACACGGUUCACGUCCGCUAGGCGGAGAAUAGCCUAUGUUGAAAACGCGUCAAAUCAAAGAAAUAUUCUCUGACAAUAAACACCACCUCAUAGUUA